AUGCCGCCAACCCCAAUUAACCGGAAUCUUGGCAACUCCAUUCACCCAGGACUGGAUGAGACGGACCUGCCGAAAACUUGGAUAGCCUCCAACGACUACUUCCACCAUUUGGCCAUUUCCGUGCCGGUCUCAGAAGAUUACACGCUAUUACAAGCCGACACUCCCUCACGAUCCAGGUUUAUACAGCCCCACGCGGGCCAAAAUGAUAUAAUACGUGCCGUUCCUCCAAACUGGACUUCUCAGACUCAAACUUUAUGGCAUCAAGACCCCGAAGACUGGACACAGCUGAACCACAAUGUAGGCAUCCUGGAUACCCCCGGACGGACCAAGGCCCCAAGUUCCCAUAGGAUGGAAAAUGGUGCCGUGAACCCCUACCCUGCUUAUCUAGACAUAACUGUAUUUGAAGAUCAAAUGGAACUAAGUCUAACCACGUCUGAAAUCAAACAGUGCGAACAGAUGACAUCGCAGCCUCGGUCACACCGCCAGGUUGACCCGGUUGAUGAGAUUCGUGAUUUUACCAAUGGCAGGCAUGCUCAACCUAGCUGUCAGGGGUCAAAACCCCAGUAUGUUUGCCCCAAGCCAAAAGUAUGA